AUGAUUAAAAAUUUUGUGUUAUUCGCUGCGAUGUGUGCGCUUGUUACAGGCAACACACUCUCAGUGGAAGAUUUUAUAAAAGCUGCCUCGGCUGGUGACUUCAAAACUCUACGUAAAUUUGUCAACCCCAACUUCGCAUUCGAUAAUUUCCCGGGCCAGCCAAAUCUGAACACAGACGUGGCUAGUCUACAACCAGGCCCUGGAGCUCACGUCUUCGGCCAGGCUGAGUCAAGCUUCUCUUCAUACUCCAACAACAACGGUCAAGUUUCAACUGAAAGUGGAGGCUACGGACUCAUCAACAAGGACGGAGUAGUUAGCUCAUACAGUUUCACUCCGAAAAAUAUCGUAACGCCUGUUGAAAAUAUUCCGCAAAACUGA